ACCACAACCGGUAGGCGUACCCGUUGAUCGCCCUGUACCAGUUCCGGUUCCUCAACCUUACCCUGUGAACGUACCUCGUCCAUAUCCAGUAGCAGUACCACAACCAUAUCCCGUUACAGUUACCCGAACAGUACCUGUUGAGGUUCCACGUCCAGUACCAGUACCACAUCCAGUUCCUUUUCCAGUAUCGGUACCAAGACCAGUACCUGUUUCUGUACCCCAUCCUGUAGCCGUACCUGUUCCACAGCCCUACCCUGUCGCUGUUUCAGCUCCCGUUGCUGUAGGACCUGCAGUGGGAAUUGGUGGACUUGGAGGAGUUGGUAGUCUUGGAGGAUUUGGUGGACCUGGAGGAGUUGGUGGAUUUGGAUUGGGACAUGGUGGUAGUUCAGGAAUCAGAGGUUCUUCUUUGGGAUAUGGAUUGGGCGCGGCUGUUAUUAGCGGUGGACACGGUUUGGGAACGGGACAUGGACCUAUACUAUCAAAGGGUUGGUGAACAAAUUUGAAGUCUCAAUAAUAAACUGCCAUUUACUUUUGUAUAUAGUUGUAUCAAUGAAUACAUAGUAUUUUUAUAAAUUA